AUGGCAUUCAGACCAGGCUUCCAUUCCGUGGCUUUCGUGCUAAUUCUCGUAUCGUUUGUGUUUCUCCUAUUGGCCACCAUCUCGCCUCCGGUGGUCUCGACAUUUGCUUUGUCGAAAACCAGCGACUACGUCUACGGCAUCUUUGGCUUCUGUACAAACUCUGGCUCAAAGUGUAGCACUGCUACGUUCCCGUAUUCACUCAGCGAUGUCGAUGACAAGACUGACAAUUGGUUGUUAGCCAAUUCCUCCAGAGACAACUUGGCAAAGGUCUUCAUCAUUGCACCCAUUUCUCUUGGUGUCAACUUCAUCUUGCUUGCGUUGAUUGUGGCUGCCCACUUCACCGCUAAAACCGUGACCAUCUUUGCUAUAAUCCUCAACUUCAUCAGUUUCAUCGUCACUACUCUUGUGGCCGUAAUAAUAGUCGUCGUCUUCUAUCCCAAUGUUGCCUGGACAGGCUGGAUUCUCAUUGGUGCAGCAGCUGCCAACUUGAUCUCCAUCGUAUUCUUAGCUCUUGCCGCCACUAUCGGUAGCGACGAUAACGACGUCGACGAUCUCGACAGUGCUGAAAACAACUUGACUAAUUUUACCGUUCUUGAGAACAAAUUCAACAACGUGAGCUCGUAUGGCAAUACUAGUAAUCUUGCCGGUGGCUUCAAGGGUCCUACUACAUCGUAUUCUGCCAACAACACCUUUGACACCUCUAGUAUCGAAAAGGAUUAUGAUUUUAAACAGCAACAGGCAACGGCCGUAGACACUACCAAGCCUUUCCAGCCAUAUGCCAACACUCUGUCGUCUAUCAAUAAAACUGUCAGUAACAAUUCACUUUACAACACGAAGCCUCAGACAGUAAACGAUUUCACAACAAAACAAGCCUCGAUCAACGGUUCCGCGUAUUCAGAAGGAUCGCAAGUUGGCUCCAAGGCCAGUUUGAACAAUAGCAGUGGUAACAGACAGCCUCGAGUUAAUGGUGCUCCGUAUCCGCAGUCAGCACAGCCUGAUAAAUAUAGCAGCGUUUUUGAGCAUCAUCCGGAAGUCGAAGGCCACAAGCCUUUUACGGAGUUGGACGACUAUGAUAACUUCGACGAUGAUGAUGCCGUGCCUCUCAACAGAAACACUCCUCCUGGAUCUAACGACUCAGAUGUGGACUCCGACUUUACAAGUGUUUCCCAAAGAGCUGUCAAUCCUAACUAUAACAAUUACUAUGGACAACCGGCCCCCCAACAACCUCAACAAUCUGGAAAUGGAUACUAUGCAAUGACCCCACAAGGUCCUUCUGGACAGUAUCCUCAUGUGCAGCAGUACCAGCCUCAUUACCAACAGCAAUCUCCUCCUCAACCAGGUCCUGGUGGAUAUUUCGGUGGUUCGAAUGGCCCUGGGGCUUACUCUAGACUCGGCCAGCCUGUUCCUCUGCAACGGUCUACGGUGUCUGACAAUGUGUUGAACGCAAACCCAGACUUCAACUUGGUAGGGCCCAGAAGAAGAAUGCAACCAGGCUUUGUUCCAGUAGCUGCUAGAUACAAUGCUAACAAAUCUGCGGCUGCUAGCUCAUUGAUGGGCAGAGGUGGAGCUCCUGGCAGUGGUGGGGCUCCUAGGCAUGCUGCUAGUGGACCAUAUGGAGGCUCUAUUCCAUGA